AUGGCCCCUACCUCCACGCUCUCGACUUUUACUUCCUUAAUGCCUACUACUUCAUCCUCGGCUGCUGUCCUUAACGUUUCUAUCUAUGAUACGAUUAUGAAAGAUCCCUACAACUAUGGUUAUAACCCUACAAUAAAUCUGGGGGUAUAUGGCGCAAAUGGUUGUAAUGGGGACAUAGUUAUAGCCUAUAACGGACGAACGUACCACUUCGCGAUAGACGCAAAUAACUACGCCAUUACACUGCUAGACAUAGUUCCUAUAAGUAACCCUAGUCUCGCGCCUAACGGCUGCGGUUCGGCUAUAACCAAAACCAAAAUUUUGGCUCAUCGGACGUGUUUACCCGUGUACUCGAAUAAGGAAAGAUCGCCGGUAUUAGCGACGUUAAAUGGCCGGGAAUUACGCCUCGGACUAGUGAUCCUCUACAAAUGA